UGAAUUUAAAACCGGAAACAGUUUUCAGUUAACCUUCCCUUUUUCUAAAUAAACAUUUUUAUAUUUAUUUGAUAAUAUUUCAUAAAUUAUUUAACCGUUUCCGUGAGAAUGACGUCGACGACGUUAAAUCUGAUCGCGAUUCCGUUCCAUCUCUUUCUCUCUCUCCUCCGAAUCGAAGUUAAAAAGGAAACAACAGAUUCGUUUUUUUUUUGAAAAAAAAAGCAGUUUCAAUUUCCAUUUACAAAGACACAAUGGAAUUUAACGGUGUUAACUUCUCAUUGAACUCCGUUAUUUAUAACCGACAAUUUCAUCAUCACUUUAAUGGAUCCCUUGAUCCGCAAGCUCCGGCGCCACCUUCUCCGUUGGCUUCACCGAUCUCGUUCUGGAUCCGUGUUUUUUGUGAGGAGAAUUUCGUAUAAGGAAGUUAGAAAAGCAACUGAUAGUUUUCAAAGAAUAGUUUAUAGCAAUUCCGAAGUUUCUGCGUAUGCUGCGAAUUUUGGAGAGGGAUGCGGUGGUGUUUGUUUGGUGAAAGAAGUUAAAGAUUUUGAUAAAGGAAAUGAUGAGAAUUUUCAUAAGCAAGUGCAGUUGUUGGGACGUUUGCAUCAUCGACACCUUCUUUCGCUCAAAGGCUUUUCUUUGGGGCACGAUCGCAAGAGCAAGAGACUGCUCAUAUUUGACAACAUAGAAAAUGGAAGUUUAAAGGAGCAUCUCAAUGACCCCUUGAAGACUCCUUUAAAUUGGAGGACAAGGUUGCAAAUAGCUAAUGGUGUUGUGGCUGCACUGGAAUACUUGUUUCUUUUCAGUGAACCACCAAUAAGCCAUGUCUCUAUUAGCUCUAGCAAUAUUAUGUUAGAUGAGAACUUCACCCCUAAACUUUCUGAUUUUGGCCUUCUUACUGGUGGAAGUUCUGUCAUGAUGACACAAGAUUGCACGGGGCAGGAAAAUUGUAAGAUUAUAUUUCAACUUGGAGUGCUCAUCCUUGAACUUGUCACCGGUCAGUCUUCAGAGAUGGAAGGUUCUGAUUUAAUUGAAUGGAUUCAAGAAUCCCGAUUUUUCAGUUCCAUUGAUAAGAUGUUAGAUCCUGAUCUUGGAAACAAUUAUGAUGGUACAGAACUUAAAAGUCUUCUAGCUGUGGCAAAAUUAUGUAUCAAAUCAUGGGACAAGCCUUCAUAUACAAUUCCUCAGUUAUUUCGGUAUCUCCAAAAGGAGACUGAUAUUCCCCAACAUUAGGUUUGUUACUUGUGUUGUUUGAAAACCUUGUGUUGUUAGGGAGAAUAUGUGAGUAUAUUUGUUUUGUGUUGAGUGUAUAUAUCCUUUCGGGAUUCUUGCCUCUUCAAUAACCUUAUUUGAAACUGAAUGAACAGAAAAUGUUAGUAAUAUGUGUCUGUUCUGUUGUC